UUUUGAAUAGGCAUCAGCCAACAACAUUCUCAACUUUUUUCCAACAUUUUCUUUGGAAAAAUGCACCUGCCAACCCUUACUCAACAUGAGCAACCUCAACUCUGAUGAGUUCAAUGCCAUUCGACACUGGUCAGAAUUCGGCCAAAGAGGGAAACCAGCGACCGAACGUGUUACUGCCUCAAACUGGGAAACGCAUCCAUUUGAAAAGCCGAUCACCUCAAAAUGGAACCAGUCAAUUCCACGAGCCGACCUCCCCAAAUUGCUCAACGGCUUCCAGCCAACUGCCAUGGAGGAUAAAUGGUUCGUGUACGCCGACGGGCCGGAUGCUCAAGGCAACGCCAUAUUGCACAUGUAUCGUAGUUGGACUGGCUUCAAGAUGGUGGAAGUGAAAUUGGUCACUGAGUUGGACGAAGAUGGUGAAUUUGCGGAGAAAGACCCCUAUUUUACAGAGAUCACAUGGGAGUCCGAUGCCGAGCGGAUUAUAGGACAUACAGAGGAAAAGGCGAAGACCACGGUGAAGGAAGUUUGCAAUUGGUGUAUGGAUAUUCAACUUCCGUGAAGGACGUGUGCCUGGCUGAAGAGACUGUUGGGAUAAUAUGCUUUUAGCCACCAAUACUUGUGCCUCCCAACUACAGGGAAAUCAGGAAGGCUAGAAUAGCUGGGGUGAAGAGAAAACCUCUAAGGAUGGUGCAGGCAUUUACUGUUCCUAGGUUUUGUGACAGAGUAAAAUCCUUUUUCUGGUGACGCAAGCUUGCUUGUCUGUUAUCGAGAAAACACUAGGGGAGGGAUAUUGGCACACCCCCUAAUCACUCCGCGCACACCCCCUUUUUCAUUCCACGCACACUUCAUUCCACGCACACCCCUCCUCUCGUCUGAUCUUCUGAUUGGCUGGAGCGGCUCGGAGCUUCGCCCGGAGC